AAUAAUUUUUAAAAACGGCGGGCUCCCCACCAUUGAUAUAACGGUUUAGCGGUGGUGGGAGAAAAGAACGCCAAAUUGCAGCCGGUAUCUUAGGUAUCUUAGGCCGGUAUACAAGCUUUGUUCUGUGAAUAAUUGAUAAAUGAUCAUACAAUAUAAUAGAUAAAUAGGUAAACGAGUUUGUGAAGUUUGUUCCAAAGAAAAAGAAUUUGUUGUUUGUUACAAUGAAAGAAUACGCCAUUGUGCGUUUUGUGGAAACGAACGAUUUCUCAGAAAUUCCGAAUAAUUGGAUACAGAAUAGAAAUUCAGAAAAAAUAACAUGCAAAUGGCCGCCACCGACAGUAAAAAAUACCAAUAGUUUAAUAAAAAGUAGGUGCAGUCCUGGUAUAGACUGGCUUUCAUACGAAAUUGAAAUUCUAAAAUAUUGUGAUACACUGGAGAAAGCAAGAAAGUUGGCAGAAGAUGCAGAUUAUACAUCGUCAGAUGAAAUUUUGGGUCGAGGAUGCAGAAAAAGGCAACCCAGUGCUGUUGCCAGUAUGGAAAUAAAUUUAAAUGAAUCAGAAAGCUCUGAUGAUGACUUAACAAAUAUACCUGCUUCUCAAUUGCCCACAUUUAGGGCUGAUAAUAUUGCCACUGAGAGCACCACAAAUAAUUUUGACAAUAUGUCAGAAGUCCUCUUCGUGGAAGUUGAUGGGAAUAAUUAUGGGGAGAAUAAAGAGAAUGUUAUUCAACGCCUGCAAAAUGUUGAAGAGGUGAUUUUGAAAAAAUUUCCCGAUUGGACCUGCGCCGAAUUCGAAAAAACGGGGUUAAAUUGGUUUAGACUAGGCAGUCAACGUUCUGGCAACCAACCAAGCCAAAAACAAAAAAGGAAUUCUGAAACAGCAACAAGUAAUGCUGAAACCAAGAAGAUUAGAUAUACAAUAUUCCCAACACAACACAACCAAACAUUGUAAUUAAAUUUCAUGCAAUAUUUUCUACUGAAAUAUUUC